AUGAUGAAGGCUGAUUCCAAAACAUCCACAAAGGUUUGUAAUUAAUCUCACUUAAAUUUUUAUCAGAACAUUUUCUCCAGAUUCGUGAACCGCCUAGAAAAUCAUGUGCAUAUUGUGGAAAACUCGUAAAAAUGAAAGAAAUGCGUGUGAUUUUCAAGUUAACCAAAAUGCUACCAAACUAUGUUCAACUUUUCGGAUCGGAAUUUGAAGAGAAAAUGCGGGAUAGAUCGAGACUGUUCGUGUGUGCCAAUCAUUUUGCGAAGAAAAAACGAGGAAAAAGAGCAUAUCCGGUGAUUUAUCUGAUUUUAUGGCGCGGGCGCCAGAUUCGAAUUCAUGAGGUAAUUUCAAUUUUCAGAGUUUAAUGGAGAAAUGCCGUUUCUGUGAUUUGAUCUCGUCUCAAAAAGAUAUGCGAAUAGUUACGCAAAAUGAGGAAGAAUUACAAAAAUGGAUCGAUAAUUUGGGCGUGGAAUUUGCUGAAAACAUUAAAAAGUUUACUACAAAUUAUAUUUGUCGAGCACAUUUUGAAAAUGGUGGACAAAGAGGCGAACUUCCUAAGAAUAUCUUUGGAAAGAUAAAAUUAGAAGAUUUUUCUAGCAAAGAUGAUGCAAUUAAGGUAUUUAAGAAAUUGUUAGUGAACUCUUAAAAGUAUAUUUUUUUCAGAAAAUCUGUCCCGAAAAAUGUGAGCCUCCUCUCAACAAUAACAAAUCAAUCAAUAAUAAUAAUAAUCUGGAAAAUUUAUCGAAAAAUUAUCAAGUUAUGGUAAGUUCUCCUUAAUUUUUUUACAUUCAAAAUCAUCACUCGCAAAUUUCCAGCAAAAUUGUCGUGUCUGUAACUCAAAAAUGUCUUCAACUCAAAUGGUUCCAGUCCCCAAAAACUUUGCCGAUUUUUCGAAUUGGUGCAACGUUUUUGGCGCCAAUUUUCGGAAUAAUAUUGCUCAAAACUCACCACCACAUUCUAUUUGCCUCUAUGAUUUUAUUGUUGGACCCGAAAUUUUAUAA